GUGCGAAGGGAAACUUGCCACCUACAAACCACUGGGGCUUCAAACGCAAGCACGUGGGUGGACUCUGAUCCCCAUCCGCCACCCUGCUCUUCUGGGCCCGCGCGCCCGCGCAUUGAGGGUCCUGAGAAAGGGGACCACCCGGAGAGCUCUGCGUGGACUAAGGAAGGCUCCUCAACGCCCCGACUCCCGUCCCUUCUCCCGCCUCGGUAAAUUCCACCCUGUCGCUUUAAGGAGUCUCUCGCCGCGGUGCGUUGGGAAGCCCGGAUGCGGCUCUCUGAUUGGGCGGGGCGUCUCCGUGACUUCACUCCGGGUACAAAAGGGCCCGGGUGGCGGGCGCCGCGGUAGAGCGUCCGAGCAGUGUCACAGCGUGGGCUGGCGUGAGGGGAGAAGCGUGAACGAGCGCGUAGCCCGGAGUGCACCUGCUACCUGUCCUGCCCAGCCAGGGAGCCCCUGCCGUCUAGCCGCCAUGGAGGUGCAGAAGGAGGCGCAACGUAUCAUGACCCUGUCGGUGUGGAAGAUGUACCAUUCGCGCAUGCAGCGCGGUGGCCUGCGGCUGCACCGGAGUCUACAGUUGUCGCUGGUCAUGCGCAGCGCGCGAGAGCUCUACCUCUCAGCCAAGGUGGAAGCCCACGAGUCCGAGGUGCCCUUGCCGCCCGUGCGCUCCCCUGAUCCUCGCCUGCACCAGUUGCGGGAAGCGGAAGCUGUAUCCGAGGCAGCGCCCCCCGACGGUGAGCAGCCUUCCCCGGAGCCCAUGGACACGCGGGAGGCACCGCGAGCCGAGGAGACCCCAGCCCCCUGUGCCCCGCGCCCCACCAAAGUCAGCCGCAAGCGGCGGAGCAGCAGCCUAAGUGACGGCGGGGACGUCGGACUGGUCCCAAGCAAGAAAGCCCGUCUAGAAGGAGAGGAGGAGGAAGGAGCCUCUUCGGAGGUCCCCGAUCGCCUGCAGCCACCUCCCGCGCAAGCGGAGGGCGCCUUCCCCAACCUGGCGCGCGUCCUACAGAGGCGCUUCUCUGGCCUCCUGAACUGCAGCCCCGCCGCCCCCCCGACGGCGCCGCCGGCAUGCGAGACGAAGCCUGCCUGCCGCCCCGCGGACAGCAUGCUGAACGUGCUCGUGCGGGCCGUGGUGGCCUUCUGAGGGUCCCCGAGCGGCGCUACGGGAGCCCAGAGCGCGGGCCGAACCGUCGGCCGGAGUGCGCACACCCGAGGCGGGGCCCACCCCCGGGGGAGCGCCCGCUGAAACCGUGGAGAGGAGCUGCCGCCCGGGCUGUUGAGAGGCCUGAAGAGGGACUCUGCCCCCGGGGAGCCGUCGCCGCCUGUGCCCAGCGGCGGCGCCGAGGAGCCUGAGCGGGGAGCGCGAGCGCCUUCCGCCGAGACCUGCUGCGCCCACAGGUGCUGUCUUAACGGACUGGGACGUGGACCUUUCCCUCUCCUUAUGGGACUGGGAGCAGGGAGGCUUGGUUCUUUAAACUCCUCAGGGUCGGACUUUAUUUUUUUACUGGGAGCUGUGCUGCCCUUUCAAGGUUUUUCAAUAGUUGGUGUUUGCAUUUCCAACCUCAGAGAAUUCCAGGCAGCCGCUCCCUUCCCCCACCAGUGACAUACUUGUGCAAGCGGUCAUCGUUGCGUCAUGGGGCAGACGUGGGGAGCUUCCUGUUGCCUUGCGUGGGUGUGGGGCCUGGGAGGAGGGUCUGGGGUGUGGACCGCCCUGGGGAAUGGGAGGAGGGCGUCCUGAGUCACCUCGCCCCGCGCCCCUGCGCCUUCGGGUGUAUAGCAGGGGCAAGGUGGGGGCCGAUCUAAUUUCAGGUUAAAAUCUUCCUCGUCUGGGGCGUUCGAGGUGGUAAUACGUUCACAGUCUCCAGCGUGACCGUCCCUCAGACUCACGGAUCCUGGUCUGAAUCACAAAACUGGGUGGGGGUGUUUGGGGGAACUGGGACCAGUUGCUGGUGAGACUGGGCCAGUUUGGGAAGGGGGAAGAUUCUUGCCAGAGCGUGCUGAGGUCUGUUUACCUUUACUGUGGCGGAUUCUGUUUAAUUUCAUCUAUCUGGCUUCUCGCUAGAAACGCCAGAUAGGAAAAUAAAGACCAUUUGAAUAAAG